AGAAACCAUUUGUUUCAUACAAGAACUUUAAGGCGAGUCUGUGCGUCUGAAACCCUUGUAAUGGCGAGCUCUGUUAUCCUGUUUGCCUUUUCACCGAUAAUUGAGCUGCUAAUUCGCUGAGUAAAGUAAGGCAACACUAACACUUAAACCACUAAUCAAUGGGUUGUGCAUCGUCUUCUAAACCCAAAUCGGUGUUGAACGUAAGUCAGUCAUUUCUUCUUUGUUUAAAUAUUACUUUUCAAUAAUUCUAAAGAUUUUUUUUCAGUAGCUGUGUUACAUGCAUGAAACCUUUAAAAAUUCCAUUUGGUCGCUUCUAAGCUAACUUCACUUUAAAAAAAUUUAAGACCUUCCUUAUGAACUGUUACACUCGAUGAACUGCAAAAGGUGAGCCGGCCGUCUGCACAGUAUUCCAGAAUAAGAAUAAAUGGAAUAAACCCUAAAAAUCACUUAUUUUGGCUUUCACUGCAUUGCUAUAUCACGAAAUCUGCUUGAAAUAAAAUAUUUCGAAGUACGUAGCAUUUACUAAGUGAUGGUCAACAAAUCACCGUAUAAGAGAAAUCAAUAUAACUUUUGCAUAUUCUUAUCCCGGCGAAAUGCCAUCAAUCAAAUGCACUCGCUGAGUAUUUUGAACAGCGUUGUGACAUCUGGGCCCAUUCGUCCACUUCAGUUUCCUCUUUAUACUGAAGAACUACAACUAAAGAAAGGGCAGCACUUUAUAACUCGAAAAAAUAAGAUAUAAUGUCUCUGCUAGUGACGGAAAUGGAGUGAAUUUGGCGGAUGUUUGUUCUGUCAGUGGCACGCUGAGCUACGCUACGUGCCAUGUCGUGGCAGUCAGUUAGUGUGACAAUAUAUUACCACUCCUUAACUGAUAACUGGCCUUUUUCGCUACUUCUAUAAGCUGCUCAUAUCAGUCCACAGGUUUUAUAUUUGAAGGCGCUCUUUAAUGUACCACACUCUACUUUUUCUAAAAUCCACAUUACAAUUUUAUUUGCUAUGGUCACUGGUGCGACACUUAUUUUGAUUUUUUUUUCCUGUGAAUGUUUUACUUUAGUCAGUUUUUAAUAGCCAUCCGUACUUUGUUUGCAUCAAUUUUUUCUCUGGUAAUAGAGAAUUGGAAACAAGGGGGGCAAUUUCGUGUAUAGAGGAACAUCGUUGUUGACCGGCUCUAGCUGCAUAUUUUUUAACAAUCUGAGUGUGUUCUUAAAAUUACCAGAAUAAUAGAUUUGAGAACUUCACGACUUUUCCAUCGCAUCUUUAUCAUUAUCUUUAUCAGUUAUGAGGGUAAAUGAACUAAUUUAUGUAUUCACCUAAUCAAUCCAUUGCAAUAAUUGCUUAUUCAAAAUAAUAGGAGAAAUAAUAAGUACUGUUAUGUAUUAAAUAAUUAAAUAAUUAAAUAACAAAUGCUGUUAUGUAUUAAAAGAUGAUAACGCGGAAAUCAAUGAAACAAAAACUAUUACAAUUCUGGUUUCUAUCUCAUGAUUUUGUUGUCUCUACAGGGUGGUUUGAGCCCGACAAUAACGAAAAAUCUUAACAUGGACAAAGAAGCUGGUAGACUGCACGACGCAGUUAAGGGACUGGGCACUGAUGAAACGUGUAUUGUUCGAAUACUGUCUAAGUUUACUAACAAGGGAAGGAAGAGACUGUUGAAGGCUUACAAAGAUCGUUUUAACGAGGUAAGCAAAACUACGUAUACGAAGAGGGAAUUCUUUUGUUACCCUAGCGAAUAUAUAUAUAGAUACAGCAAGGGUAGCCAGCAUAGCUUGAAAGUAAUGGGCGCAAGAAAGAACGAGGCGGGCAACGGCCGCGUGUCUCCCUUAGUGUGCGGCCCCGUUCUUUCUUGCACCCACAAUUUUCAAGCGCCUGCUACGCAGGCUACUGCAGGGGUGCAUCGAAUGAUUUUAAUCAUCAUAGUUCAAAGGAUGAUUUGGAGCCUGAUCGCCAUCACCAUUUUUGCAGGCAAAUGGUACUUUUGGCUAAAACGCGUUGGUUUAAAAGCAUCGUUACACUAAUUCAAGGUUAUUCUUGAUCAAAAGGAAUCAUAAAAUAAGUUUAGCAUUUCAAAAUUCUGUUCUUUUUUAUUUUUGUUUUUUGUUGUUAUUGCUUUGCUAUCAUGUACAAAUUUAAGUGCUUCUUCUUUUUUUUAAUAACAUUUAUUUGAUUACAAUUAUGACAAUACUUACAUUUAUAUGGAGGGAAAAUAGAAACAACUCACCGUAAAUCCCCUAUUAAGCCCCCCGGGGGGCUUAUUAACUUUCCUCCUCUGAAAAGAGGGCGCUUAUUAGAGAGGGGGGCUUAAUUGAGAGGGGGGGGCUUAAUAGAGGAUUUACGGUACAUUAACAUGACAAGAGAAAAGGGCAAAAUACGAUGUUACAGCAGUGUCCUGUUCUAUCUGCGGGGAAUCUAAUGAAACCCUUGCCCACUUGUUCUGGUACUGCAGGUACACUCAAAAAUUCUGGAAUUCUGGAAAGACGUUUAUAAAUGGAUGACUCAAAACACUACCUUAAGUGCUUCUUACUUAACGUGUCAUCUCUGUAUGUGUACAGGAUUUCACAAACGUGAUUGAAUCAGAGCUGAGUGGAGUGACUGAACAAGUGGUAUCGGCCUUACUGUGCUCGCCAGUCACUUAUGAUGUCCAGUCAUUAAAUAAAGCAUUUCAAGACCAAGAUUACGACACCGUUGAGACUAUAAUGCUAUCAAGUAGAAGUGAAAUCUUAGUGGAUAUUGAGGAAGAGUAUUUAACAGGUAAGAGGCCUGCAGGGCCAAUGAAAAGGGUGCAUCCUGCCUGCAGUUAAGAUAAGCCGAUUACUGUAAAUUUUCGAAACACUUCAGCUUUUUGAGAGUUAUUUUAUUGCAAUUUUCAGAGUACAAUAAAAAGGUACAGGAUGAACUGCUCAAGAUGCCUGAUAAAGACGUCCAGGACAUUCUAGGUUCCUUACUGAACACCGAUCGACCAUUCAUCAACAAAAGAGCGGACAAAAUUGCUGCAAAGGAAAGAGCAAAACAGCUUCAUAAAGACCAUGAUCUCCUUUCUCUUCUGUACGAACCUCUUUCAAGAAAUCAGUUGAGAGAAACCUUAGAUGCAUUUCAAGAACUCUACCGAGUCAGCUUGGACCAAUUUAUCGAAGACAAUUAUCGCACGCUAUCACAACGUGCGCAAAGCAUCUUGAAAGAUUGUGGUAAGUUGAGAUAACCGCAUACUGUAUGCUGAAUUGUAUUUGUUCCUUUUUCAGUUUUAGGGUGCGUAGGAUUAACAACGAAAAGAUACUUCAAGUAUUAAUGAAAAAGCUUUCCCGCUGAAACGCUAAAUCCAAGUGAAUAUCAUUUGGCCCGCAGAGCAAGAUGCGAUGUUGCAAUGGUCAGAACUGAGUGACUCAGUAAACUAAGGAUUCCCAGAAUGAAUUUCAUUGGUCAAUUCUUGUUCCAAUCGAAUAUAUUCUAUCCUAAUUUCCUUGAAACAGCUCUUGGCUGUGCUUUUUCAUAACUGCCCACAGCCAGGAGAAAUGAUUGCAUUUAUUAUUCAUUCAAAAUAUUUCUCCUUUCUGGAUUAUCUCAAAUCGCUUGACGAAUUCUUUAUAACCAGCAGGCAUUGACCAAACUUGGAAGAUGUUUGUUGAUAUCAAUACAAUUGAAACCAUACCUAGACAUAGUAAUGAUAUCGAGAGAAAAUCAUGAGGGACGCGGGACCCGGUGACCCGGCCCGGUGGACCAUCUGUUUUUGGCAGUGAAUAAAAGAGGUGGUGAAAAUGGCUAAAAAUAGCCCAAGUACUGCUUCAAAAACAUAGUAAAAAAAAAAUAGACAAAGUAACAAAAAUUUUAAUCAACGACUGAAAAUUGUCACGGAAGAAUAUCUGAUAGAAUAUAAAACUUGCAUCCUUUCAUCUUCUGUAUCAACUGCCGAGGAACAGGCAAAUGUCGAUACAGGCCUAGGUUCACGGCAUGAUUUGAACUUAGAGAAAUAUUGAAUGAAUAUCAAAACAAUGAUGGUAUUUAGCUCAGUUAGUACCUUGAAAUAACGAAUUUUGAAGACCAAGGAAGGUGCCAUAAUUUCUGGCGACAAGAGGAGCCCGCAACCCUAAUCUCCAGGUUGUUAUUACGCAUGCUCCCCACGUAUUUAGCCAGUUUGGACUUCCACUAAGAAUGAAUGGAAUGCAUCGAACACAAUCUGUGAUCACGCGCGUUUGGACCUUCUAUCACUUGUAAUUUAAUAGCGCGUUUUGAUUAACUAUCACGUGAAACUUAAGUAAACACAGCGUUUGAGAAAAAGCGUUUUGACCCUCGAUCGUUGUCGCCCGCGCACUUUGUAACCUUUGGUUAUUACUAGUUAUAUUCCAGAUAUCGCCCUAGAAAAUAACCUCGUUUACAACUAAACAUGAAACCUUUUGUUUUUGUUCGUUUCUCUUUUAGUAUUACAUAUCGAAAACCCUCCAUUGUAUUUUGCUAAGAAGAUAAAAAAUGCCAACGAAACACAGCUGCUUAGGUUGCUGGUUUCCAGAUCAGAGGUAAGUAACAUAGUAAGGAGUGUAACUGGAUCCACCGCUCUGAUAUGGACAUACUGGCAAAUAAACAAGGAAAAGCCAGUCUGAGAGCAAGCGGAUAGUCAGUUGCUUGUUAAAGCAUUUAAAGAGAAAAAUUAAACUGAGGAACGUUGUUCCAAUACAUUAUAUCAACAAUGAAAACCGUUAAGACUCAAAAUUGUUAAAAGGGUUGAAUUUUAUUUUUUCGGUCCUUAAAAGGUGUAGAAAUCUAUUUGAAUGCCUUGUCUACGAAUUGCUGUUUAUACAGGAACUCAAACCAUCAUUAAACGUGCAAUCAGACUCUAUUCGCGCGAAGCUUUUCUAUUAGGACAUAUGCGUAAUAAUCAGGCAUCCACGAAUGUAAUCUUAUUCAGUAAUCAAACUUGAACUCUUUCAACAACUUUGACCCUUAACGUUUUCAUCCGCCCGAUAAUGAUGUUAGAAACAUCGAAACGUCGAAUAACGUUCCUCAGUUUAAUUUUUCUUGAUUUUACAUUAGGGAACUUAUAAUUGCAUCCACCCUACAUUAGAGGCAAAACAAAUAAUCUGCACCAUCCCCACAAAAUUAACUUAGCAAAUAUUCUCUGGGCUCAUAAAAGGAAAACUGAGCAUGUCUUAAAAAAAUGGAUAGUUAAUGACGUUUGAAUCCCUUUUUUGAUUGACUCUUUAUCACUAACAAAGUAUAUGAGGGAAGGAAGAAGCUUGUCAAGGGUAUCGAUAGGAACAGAGAAAUUCAACCCUUCAAUGAUCGAUAAAUAGGUCGUUGUAAUUUUGUAUAAUAAACGCUUGUCCGGAAUUCAUUUAAAGCAUGUUAUAUCAAAUGCAUGAUUUUUUUUUUUGCGUUGUUUGCUUUGAAAUGUUACUUUGCUUAUUUCAAUACAAUCGAGAUUUGCAAUACAAGACAGGCACGUCUUGAAUAAGUAUACUUGAUUUUGAAUAGAAAUCAUUCAACAUGCAAUGAGAACAAAGAAUCAAGUUGCGCCACCUGAGCUGCACGCUGGCGCGACUGUCUUUCUUUAUCUUUUUUACAGAUUGACCUUUAUUACAUCAACAAAGAGUACUUGAGAUGGUACUCGACACAACUCCAUGAGGCAAUUAAGAAACAGUGUGGCCGGAACUAUGCAAACCUGUUAACAGUGAUUCUAGAGUUACGAGGCCAGUACAGCGAGUCGGCAAAAAAGAGGUGAAAUCUAAGGCAUCUUCCUGGUUAAGGUAGUCACCAAAAACGGAGUACUCAAGAUUGCAAGUGCCAGGAAAGUUAUCAGCUCAGGGUUCUUAUUUAUUUGAAAGCUCACGAAGUUAUGACAAAUAGAAGUAAACUUAGAAACAGCCGCUCUGUUAGGACAUAGCAAUGUCUUCUUAAAGUCACGAGUGAGUUACUAGCGUACAUCUUGGUUUAACAAGAUCCUGGGCUUUUGGAGUAAAAAAGAGUCUAUGUAUAUUUAAUUGCAGGAAACCAAUGUAUAUCAUCAACAGGUGAUUGAAACACUCUUUCCACGUCAUGUAUUUAUUAACAUUUAAUGUCAUAAUGAUUCUAUGGUCUUUAUGAUAAACUAUAGGUGGAAAAUUAUCAGCAAAUUUGUGAUCGUGAUGAAUCCGAGCUAAAAAUAUGGACACUAUCUUUAUCGUCUAAGCAGCGGUAAGCGAUAUCUUUCUUUUGAAAGAAAAUAUAUAAAAAAAAUUAAUAUGAAUUCUAAAAAAAUAACAGAGAA